UCGUUUCCCUCUUCCUCGCUGCGGUCCUCUCCUUCGACCGUUCUCCUUUAAUCAUCAUGUCCCCCGUCGCUCUUUCAGCCCUCCUCGCCUUCGCGGCAGCCUCCACCGGCGUCCUCGCCCAGGACAGCACUGCUACCUCCUUCGUUCCCCUCGCCUCCAAGGUCUUCUCUUGGGACGACCUCCCCUACCAGGCCGACACCGACGACCUCGUCCGUGGCCGCCAGAGCGGUUACAACCGGUGUAACUCUACCACUGAGGGCGCCGAGUCUCUGUGCCAGACGGCGGUCAUCAACCACCUUGAUGACUUCUGCCUGUGGGCGCCCAUGCAGCCCGACACCACCAUUGGUGACUCGGAGGGUGAGGAGGUCGCUUGGUGCACCAAGAAGGGGCACGGCUCGCGCCUGAUCCCCGCUGGCGCCCUUACCGGCGUGCAGCUCACCAAGACCCCUGGCUACAUCCAGGUCGUCGGCUUCAUCGACCAGACGAAGAUCAACAUCCAGUCUGGCGACGGUGGAGGAGAGCUUGACCCCCACGGUGCUGAUCUCCGUGGUAACCCCCUCGGUGGUCUCGUCUACUCGAACGCGUUCGGCACCAACACCGACAACAACACCUACACUCAGGUUCACGAGUGGCACAACUUCAUGGGUAGCAACUCCUUCUGCUUCAAGGUCUGCGAUCCCUCCGGCCCCAACGCGGCGGACCUCUGCCAGCACAUCUACGACCGUAUUGGUGUCUCGUACAACUGCCCCACCGCUGCCCAGGACGGCACCUUCGAGUACUGCGAUGGCGACAACCAGGACCCCCCUGGCAUCUACACUUCGAACGGUCAGGUUGUGACCUACACCCAGCCCGCUGAGUCGCUCGGUGUUAUCAGCUCGAUGCCGUACGACCCCAAGGUCCCCGCGUCCUCGAACUGUGUCCAGAUUGCCUCGUCUGCUCUCUUCACCGACCUCGCUGUCGCGACCGGUGCUGCCAGCAGCGGUGCGUCUGGCUCCGCGACCGCGUCUGGUGCCUCUGCCACCGCUACCGGCACCAACAAGGCGAGCGGCUCGGGUACCGCGACCCGCACCAGUGCUUCCGCUGGCGCGUCGUCCACCGGUGCGGCCUCUGGCAGCAACGGCGCGGCGGCGUUCGGCGUCUCCGCGAUCUCGACGCUCGCGGGCGUUAUGGCCGCUGUCGCGUUCCUCGCUUAAUGGCCUCUCGAUCUCGUUCAUGAAGUUCACGAGCGGAUGAGGGAGGAUGGCGGGAGGACGGGCGGUGAAAUCCACGGACUUGCGCGUAGCUGCUACGUUGAACUACAUCUACCUCAUUCACUGUAGUGUUCGGACUACCUAGUAUCACAUCUUCUUGGCUGUCAUUGACUGAGCCAGAGGCAUACCCAUUGCUACUUUUAAUACCACCCGGUCUUGUCUCAUCUGAGUCGGUCGAGCAUUCCAGCC